GAGAGCCCGGCUGAAGAGAAACCAGCCAGCCUGUGGGCAGCUCUUGUGAUAAUUACACCUUGCAGUGUCAUCCUCAAUCUUCUUCAAAUCUGAAUGCAUCCUGGUUUUGAAAAGCACUAACAACCCAGUGUCAGCUGGAACUCGGUAGUAACCUUGGAACUGUUCUGCUAGAAUGUCACACAAAAAACCUGAAUGCUCAGGUGCUGAGGGGGAAGAUAUAAAUGAAUCACCUGCCAAGAAAAAGAGGAGUUUGGACAUGUAUCGAGCAUUCGCACCGAAAGAGCAAGAGUUGCUGAAAACCUAUGAAAAUAUGGAAUCCAGGAUCCGAAAAGUUCUGAACACUACGUACGAGAAGCUGGACCACUCUCUGUCCCAGGAUAAUAUAUCGGACGAGAUUAAAUAUCUCAAGAACCGCCUCCUCACCUUGAAAGAAAAGUCUUCUCUGGACCCCAUUUACAUUGGGCUCUUUGGCAGCACCGGGGCUGGGAAGAGCUCGCUGUUCAAUGCCAUCAUCGAGCAGGAGUUCUUCCUGCCAGUGUCGGGGAACCAAGCCUGCACCUCAUGCACUGUGCAAGUCAGCAGCAGCCGGAGCAAAAACUACGAGGCAAAAAUUCACCUUCUGUCACUACAGGAAUGGAAGGAGGAACUGAAGAAUCUGGUGGAGCUUGUGCGGAAACCCAGAGAGGAGGAAGAAGAGGAGGAGGAAGGGGAGGGCGAGGAUGAUGUAGGUGAAGCUGUUCAAAAGCUUCGAGCGCUCUAUGGGAGAGAUGCUGAAAACAGAUUUGCUGAAGACCUGUUGAGGGCAAAGCCACUAGUAAAUAUCCCUGCCGCAAAAUGUAUUCGCCUCGAGGGAGCGCAGGCAAAAGAACUCUCUGACAAACUGGACCCUUAUGUGCGGUGUCAAAGUGACAAGGAUGAGGAGGCGCCAGCACUGGAUGAAGAGAAAGCCAAGAUGCGACUGUGGCCACUAAUCAAAUACGUGGAAGUGACGAUUCCGAAGUCCGACAUGAUUCCGGAAGGUGUCGUAUUUAUGGAUGUUCCUGGGACAGGAGAUUACAACAGCAAAAGGGACGAAAUGUGGAAAGAGAGCAUUAAUAAAUGUUCAGUCAUCUGGAUUAUUAGCGACAUCGAACGAGUUCUGGGGGGCAAAGUCCAUGAAGUGCUGCUGACAGAGAGCAUCAAAGCUUACCAAGGCGGGAUGUGCAAUGACAUCGCUCUGGUGGUCACCAAGUCUGAUAAGCUGCAUCUGAAGGAAUACCUGAGGGAAAGAAAAGAGAAAAACAAACCUGUAGAAACCAGACACGAUGCCAUUUUAGAGAGGAACGCAUCUGUGAAAAAGAAGAAAAAAAAAGGAAUGAAAACAAAGCUCGGGAGAAUACUACCGAGUGACUCAGAAAUUCUGAAUAAGGCUGAUCUCGUUUACACAGUCAGUGCUAAAGAUUACUGGCGGGAGAAGUAUAUCACUAAAGAAGAGUCAGAGAUCCCCAAGCUGAGAGAGUACGUCAGGAAUAUCUGUCUGAAAGAGAAGAAGAAGCUGCUAGUGGAUUAUGUGACAGAGGCUCUCAGCAUUGUCCUGUUGGCUGAGAAUUUCAACUCCACACGAGACAUGGUGGAUCAUUAUCAGCAGAGCGGCUUGGAAGGCUUUGUGGAGGACAAGAUCAAGGCUUUGGAGAAGGAGAUUGAGAAAUGUUUUGCCCAGCUGGAACAGCCUCUUAACGAAGGUGUGAAGAAAGCAAAAUUAUCUCACCAAGAUGCGUUCGAUCGGCUCCUUACACGUGACACUGGCUACCAAGGCUUCCACAUGACCCUGAAAGCCGUGUGCCAGAAGAAUGGUGUAUACGCUUCCCGGGUCUUCGCCCGCAUAGACCUCAACGGCGCCCUCGCUCAGCCCAUCUAUGACAAAAUCGACCCCACGUUCGCAAACAUAUUCAGGAUCCAAAAGGGAACCAGAGCCUCGCUGAAACCCUGCCUUGAUAUAUUCCAAGACUCGGUGCAGGAGAAAAUCAGCGAGGUUGUGAAGAAGAGCCCAGUGACCAGUGACCACUGCAAGCUCAACUUCUUCACUGAGGAAACAAACAUCAUCCUGAGGACAAUAGAAAGAGAGAUCGUUAAGAAGAAGAUGGCUGUCUACCAGUCCCUUCCGCUGUCCAUCCAGAGUGACCUAAAGCCUUACUAUGAAGAGGCGGCUAAGAUCCAGGGGCCGCGAUCCUGCCAGAGGAUGCAAAAUAUCGUCAAGGAGAACAUUAAGAAAAAGGCAGAGGAUGGAAUGUUUGAGAAGGCAAAGGAGGAGAUGAAGUUGAGGCUCCAGGAACUGAAGGACUACAUUGUGACAAAGCUGCAGACAGACAUUUCCACCAUGCUCAAACUCGCCUUGUCUCACCGGGAAGAACUCACCGAGAAGCUGCCAGACCUACAGGAGGAAUACCAAGAAAUUGAAGGGAUUCACAAAACGUUGCAAAGAAAGAGACGUUCUUAAAAAGAGACAUCAGAAAUUCUCUAUCAUAAAAUCUGUGUUUUAAUGAUCUUAUUAGAGACUUUUUUCUAUAAUUGUGUGUGGUGUUAAUUGAGCUAUUUCAAUGACUUAUUUUCUCUUGUUUAAUAGUUUGUAAAUCUGGAAUUUAAAUCACAUGUUAUUGUAAUUAAUUAGAGCAUGAAAUAUAGGUUAAAUGUCCCAUCAUGGAAUGCCGAGAGAGUAAAGAUACACUCUCAUUUCAUGAAUUUGCAAUGCAUUGUAAUAGUAGCUUGUAGGUGAUAACCAUGUUUUUAUACUCAUCUUAGUCAAAAUACUUUGUUCAUAGAUUUUAAUUCCAAAAUACAGAAUAUGCAAAAAGCCCAGCUUGCUAAUGGUGGAAUCAAUUGUGAACAUGUCAAAUGCAGACUUGGAUAUGUUAUAGCAACAGAACGAAAACUACUGAGGAAUUUUUUUUUCUGCAAUUUUUUAAAAUGUUCAGGUUUUGGGGGGAAAAAAUCUGCAAAUUUUGUUAGUUGCUUAAAAAAAAGUCAGUUUUUUCCCUUUGUUUUCAUGAAAACCAAAAAUGUUCCAUGAAAUGGACUUUAUUUGCUAAAAUUUCUGUUUCAUCAAGAAAAUGUUUUGAUUGAAAAGUUUCUACCGGCUCUUGUGAUGUCCUGUCCCUUGAAAUGUGCAGGGGGUUCUGUGCCAAAGCCUCACUUUCAGGGUACUUUCAGUUUUGCAGCCAGAGCAAUAAAAGC